AAUCUCUUCUCUUGCUAUAUUGUACAUGCUUUCCUUCUCUAUAAUCACCUUGUGUUGUGUCCCCUCUCUUACAGUUUGGGUGGAGGUGAUCUUCUGUCACCCCCUAACACCCAGUUUCUUAACCCCGCCUCUUUGGCGGGGCAACUCCCACAACAGAAGCGACAUUCAUUUACUGCCACGCAGGACACGCCCACUCAAUACCAACAUAACCGCAGAUCUCUAGAGCUGAGCAGCAAAGGAAAUCUAGUGAUCCCACCAACAUCUGUAUCAGGUCAAGUGAGAUCCCCGCCCCCUCUUCCAAGGACAGGGCCAGAGAGGCCCCUCAAUGUCACAGACCAGGCAGGGGGAGGCAGCAGGGAGAAGACAUCUAGUAGGGGAGCUUCAUUACUGCAAGAAGGCACCAGAGUGGGGUCUUCUAAAACCAAAAUCUUUGUUGCCUUGUAUCACUACAAACCCCAGAAAGAGGAUGAGGUUGAAUUAAGAAAGGGAGAUUACUACAGUGUGAUAGAGGCCUGUCUAGAUGGAUGGUUCAAAGGUCGAUGUCUCAAGACUGGCAAAGCUGGGGUCUUCCCUGGAAAUUAUGUACAGCAAGCCAGGUCUCCUUCUGCUGGUGGUUUACCCAAUAAUGUCCAGAAUUUACGUGCCAAAACAUCAUCAUCCAACUCAAAGUCUUCGUCAAGGCAAGAAAUGUCAUCCAGACCAGAACAGGCAAUUUCUGCCAGGCAAGACAACAGUGCUUCACAUAAACAGGGGACUCACAACUCCAGACUGGAUGGUCCGCCGUCAUCAUCAUCCAGACAAGAACAGUCUGCCAUCUCCAAACCUGUACCUACGUCGUCAUUAAGUUCAUCAUCCGGGUCACAGGUGCCCCCUGUCAAGUCUUCUCACAAACCUCACCUCCCUCCCCCCUCCUCGGCCUCACUGUCCACAGAGGCUAACCCUGACAGAAUCUUAAACUCACAAAUGUCGUCCACAUCUCAUACUGCAGAUCAUUUAUCAUCACAGGCUAGAAGUGUUCCUAAACCUGUCUAUGUCAAAGCAGCAUCCAAAAUGAGUCCUUUAAGAACCACUUCAUCUGAUGUGCAGGGAUUUGCAGCUAACGCAGUGGUUAUACCACCUAACUCGGUGAUCAGUAAAACAGGACCAGUGGUUGGAGUCAAUGGACCAGGAUCUUUGGUCCCCAGUGUACAGAUAACAGAUCCUGUGGGAGCCUCUGGGGAGUCUUCAUCAUCAAACAAGGUACACGAUAAUAGAGAAAGAAAAGUUAAGCCUUGUAAAGAGACUGACUUCUGGGAAGGGUAGGAAGGCCAGGUCCACCCCAGACAGUGAGGGAGCCUUACCCUCGGGAAAAGUAGCUCAUACAAGGUAAA